CUGAAGGGACAUGACUCCCGCUCUCAAUACUUUGAAAUGACGACAGAAGCUGGGGCAGAGAAGCACAAUGAAAAGCGGCGCCGAAAGUACACACGCGUGGGAGCUCAGCUGGAGAGGAAGCGAGUCCAAGAUCGAGCAGCCCAACAAGCGUUUCGUCAGCGAACCAAGGACACCAUCGCGCAGCAAGAGACCGAAAUCGCCGAUUGCAAGAGCGCCGCUGCUCAUUUGAGGCUACAGCUACAGGCUGCACAAAGCGCCCAGCGAGCAGCCCAGGAAAAGGCCGAUCAUCUCAACCAGGAGCUCGAGCGGAUCCUCAACACCCUCAGGAUGUUGACCAGACCCUAUGAACCUCAAUUCACGUUUACGCGCUCUGGACUGGACCUUGACAGUAGCCUAUACACUAUUCCUGGAAGCAGCAGAGUAGUUCCCAACGCCGCACAGGACAGGCCUCUUGAUCCCCUGGUCAGCAGUUUUCGACUUCCUCCAAUGAGCCAGGUAUCCAGUCCGUCCGGCCAGUUGCAUGGGCGCUCUCCCCCAUCGCCAGGCACGACGCUAGCAUCAAUUCAAAUGACAGCUGGAACAGCAGAGAUGCUCAUGGAAACGCCCAUCUUCUGCGAGUCCACAUGCGCGCUCGACACCAUACUCCUCAACUUCCUCAGCUCCCAGCGCGCAAUGGUCGCAAUGGGCCACUAUGAACAAGGAUCUGGCCCCCCCGCACCAAACCUGGCCAGGUUGUCGGAUUUGACAAGUUGCUGGCCCCUACAUGCUCUGACAAGAGUCAUAUCAGACAUCAACGCGAAGUUCGAUGUCAUUCGCGGAAUCCCAGAGAAGACUGCGGUGCAUUGGACAUUCCACCAUCUCUUGAGGUGGCAAAUUCAUCCCACACAGCAGAACUACCUUCAGAUUGUACCCUGGCUUCGACCGCGGCCCUGCCAGCUGCAAAUUCCCCACCCGCCAUGGAUGACCUUAGUCCCUUGGCCUGAGAUGAGGGAAGUCAUGAUCAGGGACUAUCAGAGUUUCCAUCAACACGACUUCUUCCUCCCUUACACAUUGAAGCUGUCGCUCAAUUGGACCGGUGAAAAUUGUCUAUCAGCCGAUAUCGACGAAGCAGCGGUAAGGAUCAAGCCGAGUUUUGAGAGGCACAUCAGUGAUUUGGACAACUGGAGCCUGGGCACCUGCUUCUUGCAGGCUUUCCCCAAACUUGAGGGUACAUUCACAGUCAAAGACUGAUGACUGGUAGCAACACUCAUCAAGUGGAACCAAUGAUCUGAGAGGCUGCACACCGCAGGGACAUUUGGCAACACCCCCUGAAUGCGUCACCUCGGAUAGAGUGAACCAGGGCUUGCAGUUUGACGAGGAGCACUUGCACGAUACCUUUGCACAACAUCGCAGCUUACUGGGUGAGUCAAGAGAAAGGGAAGAGUCAAGGGAAGGUGAGAGGCAUUGUCACGUGCGAUGCAGAGUCCAGUGAUCAACUGGUUCUACGAAAGCCCGAUCUUGAGGCCUCACGCUCCGAGACCGGGCAAGCCGGGCAACAGAGAUUUCGAGACGCAGACCGGUAGCGAAAGAGGGCACUCUUUCCUUACUUCCCCAACUUGUUGCUCCCUCCGAGGCGAUCAAGCGACCAAACGGCUAGGGCUCGAACUCGAUGAGGGAUCAACUACCGUGACUGCCGUGCCGAAGAUAUAUAAAUCCAGGAGCGCUGGGAAUGCAUUCGGGCUCGCGGGCUCCAAAGCUGCAGGCUCAAUGCAAGAUAGGGGAGGAAAGCAGCAACGAUGGACACUGGAAAUGUUUCGCGAGAUUACAACCGCGCUUGUUUGCGGAGAUGAAUCCAGGAAAUGUGCUAGCCGCCCUGCGGCGAUAGCAUAGUUGAUUAUACACGCAGUUUGUCUAAAUGAUCACUGUGCAACGCGCUACGUCAGCGUCUUUGGUUCCUUCCACCCAGCACCACUAAGUUGCGAAGG